AUGCAGUCUACGCUACAAUCAAGCGAUCCGGAAGAUGCAAGCGCCAGGGAACUUAUUACCAAUCUCUUACCAGCGAGUGGUGAUGUCGAGAACGAUGUUGAAGCGGCGGUCGUCCGUAAUGAAAUUUUAGUGGUCGAUGGUAGCAACAGAGCAGCAGUCGAUGUUGAUGAUGAAGACGACGACGCGGCGGUCAACGGUAGCAACAGAGUGGCAGUCUACGUUGGCGAUGAAGACGACAGAGCGGCAGUCGAUGUUGACGAUGAAGACGAUGACGCGGCGGUCGACGGUAGCAACAGAAUGGCAGUCGAUGAUGACGACAAAGCAAUGGUCAACGUCAAAGCCUCCAACACCGACGAUGACGAUAGACAAGAUAAAAAGCAGGAAUUCAUCUUUGUCAACCGCUGGGUCUACUAUUGUUACAAGGACACCUAUAUAGGUCGUGCCGCUAGACUUUCGUCCACCUUAAAGAGUCGAAAAGAUGCACUGCGUAAAGUAGAAUUGAAGCCACCGAAAAGGAUCUUACAAAUGCCCCUUCUAUGUCGGGAACUUCCCAAAGAUUGUUGGACUGAAAUUGAUCUAUUCACUUUCGAGUUUUUCGGGACAUAUUGUGUAUAUACUGGACUGGCAAGUGGUAGUGUGGGAGUGGUUCAAUACAGGCUUGGUGUUCAAUAUAUAUCAUACUACCUCAUCGGCGGAAGCAAUAGCGCGAUAUCAACAAACAUACUGUAUACGUUAACCAAGGUAGUUUUGUUUUUGGAUAUGGAUGCCAGUUGGAACGCGUAG